AUGUUUGCUAUAAUCCUGGUUUGCGCACAAGCAUUCUUGGUUCAGACAAUCUCUGCCUACUGCUUGGGCUCCGGAUUCCUCUCGGAAGCUCCUCUGGCAGCCGCUACUCCCUGCGCCGCCACCUGUUACGGCUGUUACGGCGCCGGCUGCGGUCUAGCAGCCAUCCCGACAGCCAGCGGGGGUGGUUUCUCUGUCUCUAGUUUUUCCCCAAUCCCGCCCGUUGGUGUAUCCGUUCUCUCUAAGAACGAGAUCGGAGGUAUCUUGUCUAUCUCACGGCUGCGGCAACGGUGCUGUGGGAAUAGUAAGCGAAGAUAUCGCCCCGGCUUGGGGCUACCUUGCCGCUACAGGUUUGGACUACGGCCAAAGCCUUGCUGCACGAAUCAGUUACAGUCCCGCUAUCGCUGGACGUGCCUUCAGCCUUCUGUCUUCGUGUCUGGCUGCAGUUGCGGUGUCUACUAA